UCAAAUAUAAGAUUUAUGCGCAGUGCAUAAGAAUCGAGUGGAUGAGAGCUGCAAAGAGCAGAAGCAUGGCAACAGCUCUUCCUCUCUCCCCGCCAACUUCUAUUUCCUCUCUCUCCACUUCUACUUCUCCCUCUCCAAAUCUCCCUAUCUUUAGACACUAUACUCAAAGUUCUACAAAAAGAAGAAAAUGUAGAUUUUCAAGCAGAAUCCUUCCCAUUUUGGCGUCGUCUUUGCAACCCAUUUCGGAUAACAGUUGUCGGAUGCAGAGAAGGGAUUUGAUGCUCUUCUCUUCAGCUUCUCUUAUAUUCCCAUUUCCUGCUUCGGUUGGUGCAGUUGGGACGGAUGGAGAGAUAAAAAUGGCUUUACUAGUUGAUGACAUAAAUGCAUAUUCUUUUCAGUAUCCGGUGGAGUUGCCAUCAAAGAAGUUUGUCUUCAAAUGGGUGGAAUCCAGAAAACCAGAACGCUAUUCAUCUGCUGCACCACUAUCCCCUGAUGCACGCCAGCGCAUUGUGUCUGAGCGAGUUGACAUGAUCGAUAAUGUCGUCAUCUCUGUUUCGAUAGGCCCUCCCAAUUCACGCUUUUUAACAUCAAUGGACAAGAGUACAUGGAAUGCAAAAGAUGUCGCAGAUUCUGUUUUGUCUGACAAGUCUGCAUUGCGUGUCACCACCAGUCAGCGUUUGGCUGAGAGUUCUGUUCUUGAUGCGCAUUCCAGCAACUUUGACGGAGAGCCUUACUGGUACUAUGAGUAUCUUGUUCGAAAAUCACCUACAAAAUCUGCCCAAGAACCAAACCUUUUUCGGCAUUAUAUAGCUUCAACUGCUGAGCGAGAUGGUUAUUUGUACUCUUUGAAUGCUUCUACCCUUGGCAAGCAGUGGAACUUUAUGGGGCCUUUCUUAGAGAAAACAGUGGCUUCAUUUCGCCUUCUUCCUCCCACAGACAGCUAUGUCCCUCCAUAUAAAGAUCCUUGGAGAUUUUGGUGAUUGAGUAUUUCCCAUUUUUUAAAGAGGAAUAUUUCUCAGUUUGUAAUAUGUUAAUCAAUCCAUUGGUAUUAUAUCCUCAGUUAUGCAAUUUUAUUAUUUGUUGGAGAGAAAAUUGAAGUUUCAAGUGAUCCACAAUUAGGUGGGUAUCAUGUUUGAAAGGGCUA